UGUAACGCAGUAUUUUCGUACUAUCCGAAGAAGAUUAACGUAAAAAAUUGUCUUCUAUCUCUGUCUAGUGCAUGAAAAUAUAAGGUGUUAGACAGAGACGAGAAAUUUUGAGAAAAAAGUGUUAAUUUGAAAGUGGUUUUCAUGAAGUUUUUUUAAGUGGUUAUCUUAGUGGUUAGGUAUAUGAAGACAGUUUAAAUAUUAAGAAUGGCGUGGCAUAUCCUGUCCUGUGUAAUUCUCUCAGUUUUCUUGGCGGGGACUUAUUGCCAAGAUUCAACAGUGAGGGAGCCACCAUCAGCUGAUGUUGCGAAAGAGAUAGGUAUAUGCCGAUAUUGCCAGUGUAAAGACGGGAUAGUAGACUGCUAUGAUAGGAACAUCACCACAUUCUUCAGCAAGGAUAUGUGGGCUGACUUGACAGAGUUCAAGCCAACCCACGCAGAUCUGAGUGAGAAUGACUUCACCAACGUGUCAAUCAUAGCUGAGCUUCCUAUUGAGGUGCUGAACCUGUCUCACAGUCGCAUCGAGUUCAUAGAGAACGCCAGCUUCAAGGACCUCCGCAGCCUGAGGGUAUUGGACCUCAGCCAUAAUAAGCUGACCUCCGCCAAGUUGAGUCCUCACGCUUUUGAGGGUCGCUACUCCCCAGAGAAAUACGAGCCCCUUCCAGCAAUGAGGGUGCUCAGCCUGGCCUACAACGAGCUGCACUCGUUGAACCAGGAUCUGUUUGAACAUCUCCCCGAGCUGACGGAUCUAGACCUUAGCGGCAACCCUCUGACGACAUUGGACCAUGUCACUGUGAUCGCCAUCAGCAGUCUGCCUAUGCUUAAGGUUCUCCGCAUGCGUUCCUGCCAACUCCCCGACAUUCCCGAGAAGUUCCUCCACACUCCUCGGUACCUGGAGCGUCUGGACCUGAGCGACAACCAGCUGACUGCGGUGCCGCAAGAGCUGGAGGAAACAAAGAAUCUGCUCUACUUGAACCUCAACCAGAACCCGAUACGAAGGAUUGAUGCUUCUGACGAAGACUAUCCAGGCUUCCCCCGUCUCCGGAAACUGCAAGAGCUCCACAUGUGCAACAUGCCAGAACUGCGCUCUAUCGGGGCUGGAGCUCUCGGAGGGCUGCAGGCUCUCUCUGCGCUGCACAUGAGCUUCAACCCUAAACUCUCCUCCAUACAUCCCAAGGCUUUAGCGCGCCCUGAUGAUAUAGGGGAGAACUAUGAUUGGCCGCCUGUUACAGAGUUGUACCUUCAGUCUAACAACUUGUCAGAAAUCGACUCGCGCCUGGUGUCCCGUUGGGACCUGGUGCGCGCCGUGGACGUUUCAGACAACCCUUACCUCUGCGACUGCUCCACCCAGUGGAUGGUGGACAUCCUGGUGCCCGUGGUGGAAAAAGCUGGCAGCAACUCCACUAAGCUUGUCUGCCAAGAACCAGUGGAGAUGCGAGGGUACACCAUGAAGCAUCUACACGAUAUCCAUCGCACCAUGCGCUGUGUGGAUAAGUAUGGUCAUCGGCCUGAGAGAGACGGCGCUAUUCUUAUGGGCACCCUAAUUGGUGUCCUACUGUCAGUGCCAAUUAUGCUGUCGCUGAUGCUGCUGUGGCGCCGCGGGUACUUCUCCUGCAUCGGCCUGUCCGGCCCAGUGGACGUGAGCCGAGCUUUCUACAAACGAGCCCCCGCCGAAGACUUCUUGUCUUAAACGAUUUAGUAGUUAACCUUAUACAGUGGUAGUGACACCGUAACGAAAACUGAGGGAUGAUUUAGACCACGAUUCUGAGUUGAUAUCAAGUGGAAUUUUCCGUCGCAAAACUAUAGAACUGAAAUUACUUAAAUAAACACUAAAACUAUAUACUCUACAACAAUGUCUUCAGGAUUCUGGUGGGGCUCCCACGUUUUUGCAGCGCAUCAGGUAUGUUCGCAGAUGCCAACAUAGAUGAUUUCUAUACAAUCAUGCGCAAAAAGACUGCUUCGGUGUUGUUGCGAAUGCGGGGGAGCGAUAAAGGAGUCCUGAGGAUGAUUGCCGAGAGGAUGGACUCGGCUGUUCUACGUCGCUUUACCGACUUACAUGUUCAUAAGCGCGUAAAUCGGUAAAGGGGCCUAAACUUGUUUGAUUGUCUUAUUUACUCACUAACAUAGAUACUAAGUUUUUUUUUUUUUAUUGAAUACAACGAAUAAUUAACAAAACAAUAAAAUAACACCGCUAAACCCCUCACGGGUUUGUCUCGGCGCUAUAAUCCGCUUGCUAGUUUGUGUAACUACUAACAUCUUAUGGACAAUCUUAGUCUGAAAUAAAAUAUUUUUAUUUUUUUUAAAUAUACAAACAAAAAAGUGCAAUAAAGUGUAUUUGUAUUGUAUUGUAAUAUACUGAAUUUUCCGACAGGAACAUCCACUUGAUAUCAACUCAGAAUCAUGGUCUGAAUCAUCCCCCUCAGUAUUCGUUACGAUGUCACUAACACCCUAUCUACUUGUAUGGCUACUUGUAUGUACUAGUACUUACGGGGGGAUAUAAUAGGGCUGGCUGGAAACUUUGUUAAAAGCCCCUAAAUAAAAGAAAAAAAUGGAUGAGGUCGAGUUAUGAUUUUUAAAUUUGGAUUUUCUUUAAUUCGGAAGUCAACCAGCUUAUUUAUUCGUAGCAACUAGCGUUACGCGUCGAAUCCUUUUCAUGACGUAAUCAGAUUUUUUUAAUAUAUAUUUUGUAUUGUGAUUUGUGAUGUAUUAUUGUUGUUUUGAUGAGAAAAUAAAGUGUAUUUUAUCAUUC